AUGAGCAACACCCCAGGCUCUGUCCUCUAUCGACAAUCCACAACUCAGCAGAGUAUGCAUGAGUUUCAGAACAAGUACGGUGUUACCUACAGACCACCGGAAUGGGACAAACUACUGAUUGCCUGUCAAAAGAACAAUGCCCAAUUGGUAGCUUUAUUACUUACGCCAAAAGAAUUGGGCGGCGAAGGCAUCAGUGCCAAUCACGCCAAUGCCGUCGAUCAAUCUGCCUUGCACGUUGCCUGUUUGUGGGCGCAUGUGGAUUGUGUAGCCAUCUUAUUGAAGUAUGGAGCCAAUGUGCAUGCCCGCAACAAGAUUACAUCGGCGACUCCCUUGCAUGCGACUUGUCAAUCCAAUCGAGCGUUGAAAACUGGGAGACGAGUUCAAGUGGUGGAUCUUUUGGUAAAGGCAGGUGCGAACUUGGAUUCCAGGGAUCAAAAUGACAAAUUAGCAUUGGACUAUGUCCAAGACUCGGAUCCCGAUGCAGAUCAACUACGGGCCAUGCUAUCGUCCACAGCCAAUUUACCAGCGAGCGCCUUCUACUAUCAACUUCCCCAAAUUGAACACUCCCUUAUAGAAGGUAUUAAAAAGAAGUGCACAAUCGACGAGUUGGAGCUAAAGCUAACAGAACUGGCCUCGGUUAUUGAUUCAAGAACCAACGAGGAACAGGAUAUCCAAAUCUUACCUAGCAAACAAUCUCCUAUGAAGGAACUUUUGGAAAGGUGGAUGCAAUGUGAAGAUCUCGACAUGUUCUCUUUGCAAGCACUUGAAGCCUUUAUAAAACACGAAUACACAUGUGCUGGCAAGGCAUACAAAUUGUAUUUGGAACCGAAAGGUCCCAUUGACGAGCUAGUGGGUCAACUGUGCAAGGCCAUCGUGGAUCGAUACAAAUCCAUUGGCAAACAUUUACGAGACGCCUUAUUACAAGAAUGGAUUCAAGGCGUCGCCCUUUUGCGACCGUGCGUCAUGGAUACUUCGUCUGCCAGUGCACUAUGGUUGGAAAUGUCCCGUCGCAACUAUCUAGAGCUAGCCAACGUCUGGUGGGAGACUUUCCGAUUGGAUCCUACUCCGAUUGUGGGGCCGCAGGAAAUGACACCGAUUCAUUUUGCGGCCCGUUCCGGAAACCUGGAGUUUACCAAACUUCUAGUGAAGAUCCAAACUUCCAAACCCGAUCCCAAAUCUAUUGGAUACAUCCUCGCACAAAAAACAAACUUGGGACAAACGCCACUGGAGGCAGCCAAGGUCAAUGGGAAGCAGGAUAUUGUAGAGUGGUUCGAGUCACUGCAAGCAUCUUCAUGA